CACACCUACCUAGGGCGGCCUCGCCUCAGGGCCCGUCCACUUCCGGCCUCGCGUGGGCAGCAAUCACUGCUCAGCAGUUCCCGCCUGCAUUCCUCGCGCCCUCUUCCUGGAAUUCCAGUUCUCCUUCAGCCAGCCCCAACGCUGACGCUCAGUCCUCAAGCGUCGAGGGCAGCUCCUGUGAGGGGCUCUCGGCGCACGCAAAACGCUCAGCUCGCACCACAAGGCGUCCGCCCCCCCGUCCCCCGCCCCCGGAGGCCUCUAGCUCGGCCCCGCCCCUGUCCCUUCCCCGUCGCGGAGGCAGCCUAGCCUUGCGCCCCGCCCGUUGCUGCAGCCCUCCCGCCUUCCUGCCGCCGUCGCCGGGACCAGCCGCUCGGGGCCGGGCUGAUACAGCCGCUUCACCGUGCCCCCGCCCGCGACCAUGGCCUCCUCUGAGGUAGCGCGGCACCUGCUCUUUCAGUCUCACAUGGCAACGAAAACACCUUGUAUGUCUUCACAAGGAUCAGAUGAUGAACAGAGAAAAAGAGAAAACAUUCGUUCGUUGACUAUGUCUGGCCAUGUUGGUUUUGAGAGUUUGCCUGAUCAGCUGGUGAACAGAUCCAUUCAGCAAGGUUUCUGCUUUAAUAUUCUCUGUGUGGGGGAAACUGGAAUUGGAAAAUCGACACUGAUUGACACAUUGUUUAAUACUAAUUUUGAAGACUAUGAAUCCUCACAUUUUUGCCCAAAUGUUAAACUUAAAGCUCAGACAUAUGAACUCCAGGAAAGUAAUGUUCAAUUGAAAUUGACCAUUGUGAAUACAGUGGGAUUUGGUGACCAAAUAAAUAAAGAAGAGAGCUACCAACCGAUAGUUGACUACAUAGAUGCUCAGUUUGAGGCCUAUCUCCAAGAAGAACUGAAGAUUAAGCGUUCUCUCUUUACCUACCAUGAUUCUCGCAUCCAUGUGUGCCUCUACUUCAUUUCACCGACAGGCCACUCUCUGAAGACACUUGAUCUCUUAACCAUGAAGAACCUUGACAGCAAGGUAAACAUUAUACCAGUGAUUGCCAAAGCAGAUACGGUUUCUAAAACUGAAUUACAGAAGUUUAAGAUCAAGCUCAUGAGUGAAUUGGUCAGCAAUGGCGUCCAGAUAUACCAGUUCCCAACGGAUGAUGACACUAUUGCUAAGGUCAACGCUGCAAUGAAUGGACAGUUGCCGUUUGCUGUUGUGGGAAGUAUGGAUGAGGUAAAAGUCGGAAACAAGAUGGUCAAAGCUCGCCAGUACCCUUGGGGUGUUGUACAAGUGGAAAAUGAAAACCACUGUGACUUUGUAAAGCUGCGGGAAAUGCUCAUUUGUACAAAUAUGGAGGACCUGCGAGAGCAGACCCAUACCAGGCACUAUGAGCUUUAUAGGCGCUGCAAACUGGAGGAAAUGGGCUUUACAGAUGUGGGCCCAGAAAACAAGCCGGUCAGUCUUCAAGAGACCUAUGAAGCCAAAAGACAUGAGUUCCAUGGCGAACGUCAGAGGAAGGAAGAAGAAAUGAAGCAGAUGUUUGUGCAGCGAGUAAAGGAGAAAGAAGCCAUAUUGAAAGAAGCUGAGAGAGAGCUACAGGCCAAAUUUGAGCACCUUAAGAGACUUCACCAAGAAGAGAGGAUGAAGCUUGAAGAAAAGAGAAGACUUUUGGAAGAAGAAAUAAUUGCUUUCUCUAAAAAGAAAGCUACCUCCGAGAUAUUUCACAGCCAGUCCUUUCUGGCAACAGGCAGCAACCUGAGGAAGGACAAGGACCGUAAGAAGGAACCAGGCUGUCGAUUCGAACUCCUGUGCAUUGAUGUCAGAGCUUGUGAAACCAAUGGUGGAUGUAAAGAUGCAGAGAAAGCUCCAAUUUUUUGUAAAACAGAAGUUCCAGAGCACAGAAGGUCAUCAUCACAAGCAAACUUUAUUAAAAAAAAAAAACUAGAAGUGUGCUUUGAUUUUGCUGUUUUUAUUUGUUUUAUCACUUCUAUAUUUGGUGAACGGCCACAGUUACUGAUAUUUAUGGAAAAGUACUUUCAAGUACAAGGUCAAUACGUAAGCCAGAGUGAAUGAUACUACAAGCUGAGCAUCUCUAAUUCAAAAUCUGAAAUUCAGAAGCUUCAAAAUCUGAAUCUUUUUGAGCACUGACUUGACCCCACAAGUGGAAGAUUCCCCACCUGACACCUUUUUUUUCUGAUGGUUCAGUUUAAAAAAGAUUUUGUUUCUUGCACAAAAUUAUUAAAAAUGUUGUAUAAAUUACUUUCAGGCUAUAUGUAUAAGGUGGAUGUGAAACAUGAAUUAUGUAAUUAGAGUCGGGUCCCAUUGUGUAUACGCAGAUAUUCCAGAACCUGAAAUCCAAAACACUUCUGGUCCCUAGCAUUUUGGAUAAGGGAUACUCAGCUUGUACCUAUAUAUUCAUAUAUAUUCACUGUUGUUAGAAAUUUUUAAGUUGCUGUUUUGUGAUGAAUCUAAAUCUUUUUUUCUCUUGCUACCAAGCUAUUGUCACUGCAGUGCGUUAUACCAAAGAGCAAAGUGUCAGGUCAGUGCCAUUGAAAAUACAGAACCCAUUAAUAUCAUGGGUUCUGAUUACAUUUAUAUUCCAAGAUGAACCUUUUUUAUGUAUACUAAAAAUUUUGGGGAAUAUGUUUUGGGAUGUAUUAUAGAGCUAAAACUCUAACCUCUUAAUAGUUUUAUAGAACUUAAAAAUUUUUGAUAUAGUUACCCAAUUGGUGAUACGAUCUUAAGCUUUUGUGUCAGAUUAUUUAAUAUGAUGACUUCAUGCUUUAUUAUGCCUUAUUAUGGCUGAUGUAUUACUGUGGUGAAACAAAAUAUCUUUAAAAGUUAAAACAUCCAGAUAUAUAAACUCUUUUUCCUAAGGAUAAAGUACCUUUGAGCAUGAGUAUAUCACAGCUUUCAUUAGGAAAAUUUUUCAUUACAUACUUGUUUAAACUCUUCCAGGGGAAAAAUAAUAUGGUUGAAUCAUUUUAUUAGAAAUACUUUUUAAGAAAAUAACUAUGAACAUCUGAAUAUUAAAGAUAUAAAAAUGCACAUAAUUCGUAUUUCAGGUAGUAUUUGCAUUCAGUGCCUUACUAGUAUUCUCAGAACAUUUUAAUGAUUUCUAACAUUUCUUAACAUUCACAGAUACAUAAAUUUUCAUUUUUUGUAAUUGAAUAUUCUAAAUAAAACUGAAAUUUACUCUUGACAAAUAAAACAUAUAUAUUUACUAAAA